CAGCAAGCCAACAUGAAGACGCCGCUCGUCGCGCUGCUUCUGCUGCUCUCCAUGCUUCAUGGAGCCCUCGCAGCGUUCACCGAGCAGUUGGCGUUGCGUCCCCUCCCUGCCAUCAACCAGGUUCUAGGCCGCUUCGAUUUCUCAGUGGACGAGGACUCUGGCCGCGCCGCAGCGUCGCUCUUCCCCAACGUGUUCCGCCAGAUCCUCGAGAAACACGACGCCGAGUCGUUGCACCUCACCUUCUCCGUCGGCAGAUACGCGGAUUGGCGCUACGGCUCAGCGCAAAUCUUCAACCGGUCCGGGCUCUCCCACGCGCCCUUCGGCACGCGGCUGCAGGUGGCGCUUCGAGGCGACGCGGACAUCCAGCAGCGCUGGCGAGGGAUCACGUCGGAGCUGGGCGGCAUCUUCUCCGCCUCAUUGAACCAGAUGGAUGAGACGGUCGUCACGGAGCCACUACCAGGUUCAUCACCGCAGGAGUUGGGCGCCUUCCCUUCGACAAACACUGACCCUGCGCUCGUGUUCCUGCACGGGUCAUUGGCGCGUGAGGAACUCUGCACUGAAAACUUGACGCCCUGGCUCAAAAUGCUGCCGUGUCGAGCGGUGUCUGGCCUUGGGGCUCUUAUUGACCCUAUUAACGCGCUGUCGGGGGAGUACCUGUCGCUAUCGCUGUUUGCGGCGAGAUCUCAGGACGGCACGUGGUCGCUUCAGCAACACUUGACAACGGUGCAGAGCCCCAGUAAGCACAACAAGGCGCGCUGGAGUCUGGGCUCCUUGUUUUUUGCGAACGAGCAACCCGCGGAUAUCAGUGCGUGCCCGCUUGCUGAAGAAAGCGUAAUUCACACGGAAGACAUGAAGGCAUCGGGUAUUGCGACCACUGACCUUCGUGUGGAACCUGUGUCGCUUACUACUCCGUGGUUCGACGACUGGAAAGCUGCAGCUGAGAAAGCCUCCUCCAAAAGCAGUUACAAGGCCCAAGAAGAUAUGGUGUCGGCUCAUCGUUUCGUCACUGGCUACGGCCAGGUGAGUGGCGGAUUCGCAGUGCAGCUCAAGAACAACCACCCUACUUGUGGCAUGCGUGUUACCUACCACGACGUCAUCCCGUGGUUUCUGCGCGUAUACUUCCACACGUUUCGCGCGGCCGCCGGUGGCAGUGAGCAGAAGGCGCAGGAGCUGAUUCAAUCGUUCAACUUUGUGCCAGCUGAGUUGCGUGGCCGUCCCAACCAGUUGCGUCUUGAAGUGUUCCUGCCUGCGAACACAACGUUGGUGUUCUCGCUCCAGAUGGAAAAGGCAUUCCUGCGCUUAUCGGAGCAUCCGCCUGAUGCCAAUCGUGGCUUUGACGUUGCCUCGGGUGUUGCUACAUUCGAUCUGCUGUCUGGUGCUCAGGAAGCGGCGGUAUGUGGCGAGGAUCCUGACUUCAGUACAACACUGUUCACAGAACCACUACUUGUGCCGCUGCCAACGCCCGAUUUCAGUAUGCCGUACAAUGUUAUCACGAUGACUUCGACAGUGGUGGCCUUCUUCGUGGGGACAAUGCUGAACGCACUGCUGCGUAAGGCUCCCCGCCUGAAGCAAAUGAUGACAAGCAGCUCAACCGUGAAGUAA